AUGAAUGUGAGCAUACCAAUAUCAGUCUCCCAUAUGAACGCCUCUGCUGCCGCCAGCUACACCUCCCCGCUAGCUGACGUGGUGAACUCGAACAACACCCUCGAAGCCAUAAGCGGCGAUGUGGAAAUGAUUGAGAAGUUCUUCGACGAGCCGUCGGUGUUCGUCUUCUUCAUCAACCCCACAAUCGGUACCAAAGUCGCGGAGCUGACGAUCGUGAGCUCGGUGGUGAAGCUGGAGUCGCAGCACUUGGCGCAAAUAGCGAAACAGGUGCAGAAGUUGACGGGGGUGAAUAAUAUGAGGAUCAAGAUGGAGAUUGAUUCGAGCCUGGUAGCGGGGUUCACGGUGAGGUACGGGCAGUCGGGGUCGAAGCUUAUUGACUUGAGCGUGAAGAAGCAGCUGGAGGAGAUUGCAGCGGAGCUUGAUUUGGGUGACAUUAAGCUCAAUUUAUAA